AUAGGUCGUUAUUCCUGUCACAAAGCUGCCUAGCUCCUCUACAUCUCUUUCUCCGGCCGACGCCUCCUUUCUUCAGUUCCCUUAUUCUGCAAGAUUAUUUUGACAGAGAUGGGUGGUGCUAAAGCAAGGAAGAAAGGCAUCACUAAGAAGUUGAAGAAGGGUGCUACCGAAUUCUCCGCUUCUAAAGAUAAAGCUGCUGACUUUCUGCCAUUGGAAGGUGGGCCGGCUAGGAAACUUCCAGAUAUUGAAGUGCGCGAAAGUAAAGCAACAGUGUUGUAUAUUGGAAGGAUUCCACAUGGAUUUUAUGAGAAUGAAAUGGAAGGUUUCUUUAAGCAGUUUGGUACAAUAAAGAGGCUUAGACUUGCAAGGAAUAAAAAGACAGGAAAAUCAAAGCAUUUUGGCUUCAUAGAAUUUGAGUCCCCUGAGGUUGCUAGAGUGGUUGCGGAUACUAUGCAUAACUAUUUGUUAUUUGAGCACUUGUUGCAAGUUUGUCUUAUUCCUCCUGAACAUGUUCAUCCCAGAUUGUGGAAAGGUGUGAACCGCUGGUACAAACCGUUGGAUUGGGUUAAAAUUGAAAGGAAGCGUCAAGACAAGGAAAGAACAUUAGAAGAGCAUAACAAGUUGGUUGAAGGAAUUCUGAAACGUGACAAAAAGAGGCGAAAGAGGAUCGAGGCAGCUGGAAUUGAUUACGAGUGCCCAGAAAUGGUGGGUGCAAUUCAGGCUGCACCGAAGAAGAUCAAGUUUGCAGAUUAGAUCCUUCUAAGGCUAGUAUGUGCGCUAAAAAUAGUAUCUAUGUCAACAAGCAGACUGUUAUGUGCAUGUGCUGUGUGACUGAGGAUCAGCUCAACUGGCAGGUUACCUACCGGCCACAUUAUUUUGUAGCGGGGAGCAAACUUAUGAUGUUGCCAAAGACUCUGGACAAUCGAUAACCUUGGAUUUCUUCGCUUUUUUGACAAUCUGAAAGUGAAAAGGUGGUUGUAGCAUAGAGACAGAUGAAGCAUUUGACAAUUUUAUGUAUGUUUUGUAUACCUUGAAUCUAUCGUCAGUUUACUAUAGAGCACUCGCGCUUUUUAUUUGGUCCUAAAAUCAAAGCUAUGAGAAAAAAAUUUUAUAUCCUAGGUUUCAGGUCUUCAAAAGAAAAAGAUCUUUGACUUUACUGUGGAUUUACUCUUAUCUUUGUUGAGUCGAGUAGUAUUUACAG